AUGGCAUACUCGGACCACUUUUCGCUUGCCAAUAUCCCAUAUGGUAUCGCAAGCACCGUUGGUGACGCCCACCGGGAGAGAGCAGUAGUCACCCGGCUAGCAGACAAGGUUGUGUUUCUAUCCGAUCUGACUUUGGACGUUACCGAUCAAGUCAAAUCAGCCCUCAAACAAUGCACACUCAACGACCUUGCUGGUUUAAGCAAACCAGAACUACAGCAGCUCAGAAAGCAAUUGGGAUCGAUUCUGGCUGACAAGGCGGUCCUGGACAAAUAUGGAUUUAAAUUAGAAGACGUCGAACUUCAUUUACCCAUCAAGGUCGCCGGGUUCACGGACUUUUCCUGCUCAAAAGAACAUGUCUUGAACGCUGGAGAGGCCGUCUUUGGAAAACGUUCAAUGCCACCAGCGUUUCUCCACUAUCCAGUCGGCUAUUCAGGAACCUCUUCGACAAUUGUCGUGUCGGGUACACCAGUACAGAGGCCCAAUGGAAUGUACCGAGCUGGCGAGACGGUGGAGUUUGGGGCUAGCAGAGCCAUGGACUAUGAGCUUGAAUUCGCUGCCAUUGUAGGCAAGCCUACCAAGAUGGGCGAGAGCGUCAAGCUCGAGGAUGCGGAUGAUCACAUUUUUGGUCUGGUCUUGCUCAACGACUGGAGUGCCCGCGAUAUCCAAGGUCUCGAGAUGGUUCCACUCGGACCGAUGAACGGAAAGAGCUUCUCCACCUCGAUAUCUCCAUGGGUCAUUCCGCUGGAUGCCCUGGAGCCAUUUGCGACGGAGGCUCCCGCCAAAGAAAUCCCGGCGCCGGUGUUCCUUCACGAAAAGAAGGCAAAGCCGAGCUACAACAUCAAGCUCGAGGCGGAGCUCCUUCGGGAUGGCACAUCGACCAAACUAUGCACGGCCAAUGUUUCCUGGAUGUACUGGACCUUUCGAGACUUGGUGGUGCAAAAGACUGUCAAUGGCUGCAAUCUCAACACGGGUGACGUUCUCGCAACCGGCACCGUUUCCGGCGUUGGCGAUGAUGAGCAUGGCUGUUUGUUGGAGAUGACCAAGGGCGGCAAGGUCGAGUUUGCCCUGUCGGACGGAGCAAAGAGAACAUAUCUACAGGAUGGAGAUGGUGUGCGGAUGACGGCAUUUUGUGGUGAUGGUGUUGGCUUUGGUGAAUGUACUGGCUUCAUCACCCCAGCCAAGCCAUUAUAG